AGAAAAGUGAGAGUGAAAAAAAGAAGAGGGUAAAACUAAAGACUCCCCUUCAGGCAUCUGUGAACAAGUCUGAACUAUUUUGCUGUUGCUGCUUUGACUCAGCCCAGUAAACCAGUGAGAUUGCAUGACUGAAAGACAAAUACCCUACUUUAUCAUGGGCCAGGAUCCUUCAACAUGCUUCGCUAAAAGGCUAGCCUAAUACAAUACGUAGUGUGUCGGGUUCAGUACAGAGGAAACUGGCUUAAAGAGCGGUGGGAAAGAGGAAAUAAUUAUUGUGGCUACCCACUUCUACUGCCAACCCCACUUUAUUUGCUGGAAAGGCUGAACGGAGGGCGACGGUUGGAUUAACGGUAUGCAACAAGUGAAAAGGUUAUGAAGAUGUGGAGCUGGAUUUGCAUCCUGGUGUUGGGCCUGUCGAUGGUGCCCCAGGCUGAAACUCAAGGCAGGUGUAAUAAUGUGGUAGCAGCAGACCUGGUGUUCUUGGUGGACGGUUCGUCCAGUAUCGGUCGAAGCAACUUUGUCCAGGUGAGGGGCUUCAUGGCCAGCAUCGUCAAGCCCUUCGCCAGCCUGGUCAGCCAGUCAGGAGUCCGCUUUGGGGGAGUGCAGUACAGCGAUGUCGCCAGGGUGGAGUUUACCUUUUCCACCUACCUGAACGGCACCGAGCUGGUCAACGCGGUGGAGAACCUCAACUACAAAGGAGGCAGCACCCACACUGGGGCCGGACUCAAAUUUGUUGCUGACAAUUUCUUCAACCCCUCGUCUAUCAGGGAUGUUCCCAAGAUCACUAUACUGAUCACAGAUGGCAAGUCUCAGGACAGCGUGCAAGAGCCAGCCCAGAAGCUACGGAGUCUGGGAGUAGAUGUCAUUGCAGUGGGUAUAAAGAGUGCAGAUAAGGAUGAGUUGGCUCUCAUCGCCUCCCCGCCAAUUGCUGACUCCACCUUCUACGUGGGAGAGUUCAGGCUCCUGAGUACUCUGUUUUCAUUGGUGGGACCACGCGUGUGUUCCAGUGCAGGGGGCGUCUACGCUAGUGAUGAGGCCUUCUCUGGUCCAUCCAACCUCCAGUUCUCCGGCCAGACCACUGAUUCACUGAGGUUCACGUGGAGUCCUGCAGGCGGGCCUGUGACUGGCUACUUGGUGCAGUACACGCCUCUAUCCGGUCUGGGUCAGCCAAUCACAGCCGAGCUCCGUCAGGAGACUGUGUCUGCAGGCCAGAGGAGCUUUGUGGCACGAGAACUGAAGUCUGGAACAGACUACCUGGUGACCAUCAUCGCCCAGUACCCCAACAGUGUGGGCGAGCCUGUGUCUGCUAAGCAGCGCACCAGGUCCCUACCAGGGGUGUCCAACUUCCGUCUCCUCCGGGCAGGCUUCCUCUCUCUGUCUCUGGCCUGGGAUGCCCCCUCCUCUUCCAUACAGGGAUACAGGCUCACCUACGGACCACGAGGUCAGCCAGCAGCUCAGCUAUUGGAGCAGAGUCUGUCAGCUGACUCCACCUCUGUCACCCUGGAGAGGCUCCUACCCAACACGGAAUACGUCCUCACCCUACACCCGCUCUUCCCUCGGAACUCUGCCUCCCCGGCCACCCUCACCGCACGCACAUUGCGUCUUGAGGCGGUUCAGCAAUUGUCAGUAGAGACAGUGUCACAGCAGAGUGUCCGUGUGAAGUGGCAAGGAGUCCGAGGAGUCAGGGCCUAUCGCCUGGUCUGGGGACCAUUAACUGGUCGUGAUGUGCAGUCUGUGGAGCUUCCUGGCGACAGGGAGGCUCACACGCUUCUCCGCCUGCAGGCAGACACUGAGUAUAUCGUCACCGUCAUCGCUCUGUAUGACUCAGACACAGAGGGCGACGCGGCCACCGCCCGCUUCAAGAUAGAACGUCAGGAGCAACAGGUGUUAAGAGCAGCCCCCACUGGCCCCUCCACCAUCCGCCUCACCUGGAACCUCAUCCCCUCUGCCAGGGGGUACCGCCUGGAGUGGAGGGAUGCCAGAGAGGGCCGUGUCCAAAGCCGCUCCUUCUCCAGGAGCACCACCAGCUAUGAGCUGACCCAGCUGCAGCCCAGCACCGAGUACACCAUCACCCUCUUCACCCAGUACGAGGGCCGCGAGGAGGCCACGCCCGUUUUUAACAACAAAGUAGAGCAGACUGUGGGGAAGGUGUCUGAGCUGAGGGUGCUGGAGACUCUGGGCAGCACCGUCAGACUGGGCUGGACGGGAGUGACAGGAGCCACACAGUACCGGAUCCUCAUCAUCAACCCUGAAGCAGGGACUGAAGAGACUCGGAGCAUCCCUGGCAACCAGACGACCCUUGACCUGCGAGACCUAGCAGAGGGCGUGUCCUAUGGUGUCACCAUGACGGCAGUGGUGGGGGACAGAGAGGGAGAGGCCGUCACCAUCUCCAUCCAAGGAGUCCAAGCUUUGGCCAAAGUGACCAACUUGCGAGUGACCAAUGCCAACAGUCGGAGACUGAGAAUUUCCUGGGCAGGUGUAUCUGGGUCAUCAGGCUACAGGGUCACUUGGAGACAAGGCAGUAGUGCGGAGCAGUCCCGCGUCCUGUCAGCAGACACGACCUCCUACACCAUCGAGGGCCUGCAGCCAGACGAAGCACUGGCCCUCGGUGUGGCCGCUGUGAUUGGCAGUCGGGUGGGGGAGGCGGUCACCCUCACUGCAAGGACCAAUCCAGUCUCUGGAUCAGGCGUCAUCAGUCGAGUUGAGGUCUUCAAUGUCAACUCUCGGACCGUACGUGUCACCUGGUUACCAGUCUCCAGGGCGACAGGCUACAAGAUUACUUGGCGCCGUGAAGAUGGCCUAGAGUCAUCCCGCAGUGUUCCAGCUGAUGUCACUUCCUUCUCUCUGGAUGGGCUCCAGGCAGACUCCCCUUAUCAAGUGUUUAUCUCUCCACUGUUUGGUUCUCGGGAAGGAACCCCCACCUCUCACAGAUUUAGAACAGAGUCCGAUCAGCUUGUCGUGAGCACCGUGACGUCACUCCGAGUCCAGGACUUUGGAAGUGAGGUCAUCAGGGUCACGUGGGUUGGCGUGCAAGGAGCAACAGCCUAUCGUGUUGCAUGGAAACGAACAGAUGGGGGGGAGGAGAGGAGCCAGGAGGUGGGGGGCAAUGUGACGUCUGUGGACCUGCAGCAGCUGGACCGCGGCGCUCAGUACGAGGUCAUGGUCAAGGCCCUGGUCCAGAACAGGGAGAGCUCCCCGGUCUCCGUCAGGAUCACCACGCCAGGGACUCCAGUCCUGGCGUCUGUCACAGGCUUCCAGGUGGCAGAGAUCACCCAGACAUCCAUGCUGCUGGGCUGGAUUCCUGUGGCUGGAGCUACAGGAUAUGUCCUGCAGUGGAGGGAGGAGAGAGACUCUGGGCCGGGUCAGUCCAUCACCCUCCCCAGUUCGUCCAGCUCGUACCGGGUCACAGGGUUGCGUCUGGGCCUGCGGUACCGCCUCACCCUGAAGCCCAGCUUUGACAGGGAGCUGGGACCAGAGGUCUACGUGGAGGAGCGAACUGUGUGUGUGGGUGGGCGUCUGGACUUGGUGUUUGUGGUUCCAGCCUCCAGAGACCGGGCCAGCCUUGCUGAGCCCCUGCGGUCCCUCCUGACCAGCGCUGCAGGCUCCCUCACCGCCAUUGGAGCCCAAGACUCCCAGAUGGGGAUUGUGGUUUACAGUGCCCGACCCAAAGUCUGGUUUCUGCUCAAUCGUCAUAGCAACAGUAGGACUCUACUACAGGAGAUCCUGUCCACCCCAUUUGAUGACAUACCAGGCAACAAAAUAGGGGAAGCCUUGUCCUUCACCAGACAGUUCCUCCUCUCCUCCUCGGCCGGCCGGCGGCCCCGAGUCCCUGGAGCCGUGGUCAUCAUCGCUGACGGCAGGUCAUCAGACAACAUCACACUGGGUGCCUCAGAGAUCAGAUCCACCGGUGUGACGGUGUUGGCGGUGGGCACGGGGGGGGCAGACACUGAGGAGCUGCGGCAGGUGGUGACAGAUGGAAGCCCCCAGAACAUGCUGUACGACCGGGAUGCAGCACAGCUGCUCACGCGCCACGCUGAUCUGGCAGACCUGCUGUGUGGCAUCGCCAGAAUACCAGAGCGAACAGGAACAGAGCAGUGUACUGUGCAGUGCCCUCGGGGGGAGAAGGGCGAGCAAGGAGAAAGGGGACUGAGAGGCAGAGACGGGACUGACGGACGCAAAGGAGAUCCUGGCCGUGAUGGUUUGCCCGGUAGGGAAGGCCCUCGAGGGCCAGAAGGGGCCCCAGGUCAGCCAGGCCGCACUGAGGGCCCUCUGGUGGGAGUGAGAGGGGAGAAGGGGGAGAGGGGUUUCCCUGGGCUAGAUGGAGGUCCAGGGUUGCCAGGCCGACCAGGACUUCCUGGACCAGGAGGAGUGGCGGGCACACAGGGGGUUCCUGGUAUCAGAGGAGAGCGUGGAGACCCAGGUCCGACUGGCCUGUUAGGGACAAAGGGUGAACGAGGAGAACGGGGUGAGCCAGGCUCAGCUGUGUCAGGAGGUGGUCUCCCUGGCAGGAAAGGAGAGCCUGGAAUCCCAGGAAUACCGGGUACACCAGGACGCCCAGGCAACGACGGGGCCAAGGGUUCCCUCGGCCCACCAGGAAUUGCAGCAAAGGAUGGUAUCCCUGGGAUACCAGGCACCCCUGGCCAGUCCAUCAAGGGAGACAAGGGCAGCACAGGAGAGAGGGGCCCCUCGGGUGUAGGCAGUGGGCUGGCUGUGAAAGGCGACAAAGGCUCAUCGGGGCCUGCAGGACCCCCAGGGCCCCAGGGACCCAGAGGACUGGCCGGAUCCCCGGGACUCAAGGGAGACAAGGGAGAGAGUGCAGAGGGCUUGCCUGGUCCUGCAGGGAGGGCAGGAGAGCCUGGUGACAGGGGUCCUCGCGGGCCUCCAGGGGAAAUUGGCAGCAAGGGGGACCGUGGGCAGCCGGGGGAGCCAGGAUCACAGGGCGACAGGGGGGAGAGGGGUGCAGCUGGGCCAGCAGCAGAGAAGGGAGAGACAGGAAAGCCAGGAUCUCCAGGGGCUCCGGGGCUGAGGGGUGUGCCAGGCACGAGUGGACUCUCUGGCGAGAAGGGAAACGAGGGAGCCCGUGGGGAGCCUGGCAGAAGUGGACUUUCAGGGCUCAGUGGGAGAGUGGGUGCCAAGGGUGACCCAGGAGAACCUGGAGAGGCAGGGGGGAAUGGGCGACCUGGAUCCCCAGGGAAGAUAGGUCUUUCCGGAAAGGAGGGGGACAAAGGAGACAAGGGCGACGACGGAACUCCUGGGGAGUCAGGGUUGCCAGGAAAGGUUGGGGAGCGAGGACUCAGGGGACUGCUCGGCCCGGCUGGGAGGGCGGGAGAGAAGGGGGACAUGGGAGACCCAGGAGAACACGGCCGAAAUGGGAGCCCUGGACCUGCGGGAUUGAGAGGAGCCAAAGGAGAGCUGGGAGCUCAAGGCCCCCCUGGACCUCCAGGGAAAGUGGCAGACAUACAGCUUCAGCUGAAGGGAGAGAGAGGAGAAAAGGGUGAUAGUGGAGACCCAGGAGAGCAUGGGGGCAAAGGUUUAAAGGGUGAGGCCGGCGUCCCAGGGGUUGCAGGGCUGCGGGGGCUGGAGGGACAGCGAGGACCGCCAGGGGCCAGGGGCGAUGCAGGAGAAAGAGGCAGUCCAGGAGAGAAGGGAGAGAGGGGAUCGUCUGGGCUGGACGGCCGAGCGGGGCUGGAUGGUAAACCAGGAGCACCUGGGACUGCAGGCCUGCGGGGAGACGCUGGCAAACAAGGGGAGCCAGGGAGAGAUGGGCUCCCUGGACUGAGAGGAGACCAGGGUCCCCCGGCUGCCACCGGCCCUCCGGGGAACCCAGGAACACCUGGCAAAUCAGGAGAAGACGGCAAGCCUGGUGCUCCUGGGAAAAUGGGUGAAGAUGGCAUUCCUGGGGAAGAUGGAAGAAAGGGGGACAAAGGAGAAGCAGGGGCAGCUGGAAGAGAUGGCCGUGAUGCACUGAAGGGAGAACGAGGUGUAGCUGGACCUGUGGGGCCAGCAGGACCAAGUGGGGCCCCAGGGGCCCCUGGCACCAUCGGACCUCCAGGACAGGUGGUAUAUGUGAAGGGGGCUGAUGUUACUCCAAUCCCCGGUCCUCAAGGGCCUGCAGGAACACCAGGUGUUCCAGGGAUACCAGGAGUUGCCGGAACCAGAGGGGACAAAGGAGCGACGGGUAUGAAGGGAGAAACGGGAGACCCAGGGGAGGACGGAGCACCGGGAAAACCAGGAACAGCAGUGGAUGUGCAGAAGGCCUUCUCCGUUUUUGGUAUCCAGGUGCGAGACCUGAAGGUGUUGGUGGACAGGAAGGAGGAGCUGCUCAAGCCUGUGGAGGUCAAGCCUGAGAAGGGCCUUAAAGGAGACAAGGGCAGUCCAGGGCUGACAGGACCCCUGGGGGCAGACGGUGCACGAGGGCUCCAGGGGGACCGGGGUGUGAAGGGAGAGCAGGGUGAGCGAGGGCCCGCCGGGCCCCAGGGGCCUACAGGACGAGCCAUCGGGGAGAGGGGACCCGCGGGACCCCCAGGGCAGGCGGGGGAGCCGGGGAAGCCUGGGAUACCUGGAGUCCCUGGGAGAGCCGGGGAACUGGGGGAGGCUGGGAGACCAGGAGAUAAGGGUGAGAGAGCAGAGAAGGGGGACAAAGGAGAUGCUGGGAAAGAUGGUCUGAAUGGAGUGGUUGGUCCCCCUGGUCCAAAGGGUGAAUCUGCACAAGGCCCUCUCUCUGGUGUGCCUGGCCUCAGGGGUCUUCCAGGGGCGGCAGGGCAGAGGGGAGAGCCUGGACCCGUAGGACCACAAGGACAAAAAGGAGACGCGGGUUUUGCAGGGUCUCGAGGGGGAAAAGGAGACAGAGGAGAGGUUGGAGAAAAGGGACGCGAUGGCUUCCAGGGCCCAGCAGGAGAACCUGGCAAGCUUGGUCCAGAUGGGAAGCCGGGCCUGCCUGGGUUCCCUGGAGUGCUGGGCAGACCGGGAAACCCAGGAGAAACUGGAAUUAGAGGGCCAACUGGUCCGAUUGGCACUAACGGGCCUCCUGGUCCACCAGGUGUGAAGGGUAAUCAAGGAGAGGCAGGAGUUGGUAUUCAGGGUCUGCCUGGUCAACAGGGACACCCCGGCCUGCCUGGGCCUCCAGGACCCCCAGGAGCUGUGGGUCCACAUGGGCCCCCUGGACUAUCAGGACAGGUGGGCGAGGGGGGCAAGCCAGGGGUCCCAGGAAGAGAUGGUGUGCCAGGAAAAGAGGGGACAUCAGGACUACCAGGAAAACUGGGCAUCGCUGGAGCAAUGGGCCCCCCUGGGCUGAAAGGAGAGCAGGGGGACAGUGGCCCCCCAGGGAAGUCUGUGGUGGGACCACCUGGACCCAAAGGACAGACUGGACUUCCUGGUGUGACAUUGCCUGGAACAGUGGGAGAGAGAGGACUGGCUGGGCUUCGUGGUGAAAGGGGAGACAAGGGGCCAGCAGGCAUCAAAGGAGAUAGAGGAGUUCCUGGAGACAAUGGUGAUCCUGGAGAAGAGGGGCCCAGAGGACCACUGGGAGGCAAAGGGGACAAGGGAGAGAGAGGAGUGGGACUCGCUGGACCUCCAGGUCAGCCUGGACCCAACGGACUGAAAGGUGACCCAGGACUGCCAGGCCCACCAGGGCCCCCAGGACCGAGGGGACUAGCUGGGACUGCUGGUGUGGCCGGAGUCAGAGGAGAGUCUGGAGCCCCGGGACCCCCUGGACAAUUAGGAGAGAGGGGACUCCAAGGCUUCCCAGGUCAGGUGGGCAAGUCUGGAUCUCCUGGUCCUCCAGGGCCCCCUGGACAAGCAGGCAUCCCAGGUGCAGAUGGAGUCAAAGGUGACAAGGGGGAGGCUGGAGUGGGAGCACCUGGAUCGAGAGGAGAGAGAGGAGACCCAGGGCCCAGGGGGGAGGAAGGUCGCUCUGGUCUAGACGGAGAUAGAGGAUCCACAGGCUCUCCAGGGACCAGAGGUGAACGGGGAGAGAAGGGGGAAUUGGGGCCACAAGGGGACAAAGGAGAAAAGGGAGACACUCUACUAGUGGGGGGACCUCCUGGAGAGAAGGGGAACAAAGGAGAGACCGGAGACCGAGGGCCCAAGGGGGUGCAGGGGGAGAAAGGUGUGAAGGGCCAGGAGGGGCCUACUGGGGAGCAGGGUCUGAGAGGGGAACCAGGAGAAAGGGGCUCCACAGGGUUCCAGGGGGCCCGUGGCCCAGGAGGACAGAAAGGCGAGGCAGGCCAACCUGGGGUGUCUGGAGAGUCGGGCUCAGCAGGGAAGGAUGGACUGUCUGGAAUGAGAGGCGAGAAAGGAGACGUGGGGAUUACUGGGAUGCGUGGAUCCAAGGGCGACCGAGGAGCCAAAGGGGCGUGCGGAGCGGACGGACCCAAAGGAGAAAAGGGUGACGCCGGCAUCCAUGGACGCUCAGGCCUGCCCGGGAGGAAAGGGGAGCAGGGUGAUGUGGGGCUCAUAGGGGCUACAGGAUCACCAGGGAAGGAGGGACUCAUCGGCCCCAAGGGGGACCGUGGCUUUGAUGGAGUUGGAGGAAAUAAGGGCACUCAGGGAGAGAAAGGUGAAAGGGGCCCCCCAGGUAUCCCUGGCCCCCCGGGCCCCAGGGGAAUGGACGGAGCCUCUGGGCUCAGUGGACCCCAGGGCCUGGCUGGAGCUAAAGGCCCUGAGGGCCUCCAGGGACAGAAGGGAGAGCGUGGGCCAUCUGGGCCAGCUCUGGUGGGUCCUCGAGGUAUCCCUGGGAUCCCAGGAGCCAUGGGUGAGCAGGGGGAGAUUGGUGCAGAUGGAAUGAAGGGAGACAGAGGAGAGCCAGGCCUGACGGAGGAUGAGAUCCGUGCAUACGUUCGCACAGAGAUGAGUCAACACUGUGCUUGUGGAGGUCUUGCCCCAGACCCUAAGCCCCGCCCAGGUGUCCAGUCUUUCAGGGCGGGGUCGGCACCACAGCGCUCGCUGGCCCAGACGGGGGAGGAGGGUCGUGAACUCCGUGUGGUGAUGAACACCAACGACCCGGACUACGAGCAUAUCUACUCCAUCGAGAACUAUGAUGACCCUCUGGAGGAGGUUGUCCUCUUCACCCCCAACACCAAUCAGAGCAAGGGUGAGGUUGUCAAAGUUUCUUCUACGACUGGUGAGGCUGUGAAAGUUGUGCCCCAGAAAGCUGUGGCCUCUCAGAAAGCUGUGGCCUCUCAGAAAGCUGUGGCCUCUCAGAAAGCUGUGGCCUCUCAGAAAGCUGUUGCCUCUCAGAAAGCUGUGGCCUCUCAGAAAGCUGUGGUCUCUCAGAAAGCAGCCAGACCUAAGAGAGACCUGAAGGGGGAAGCUCCAGUGGACCCAUGCUCACUGCCUCUGGAGGAGGGAUCCUGUGGGCACUUCACCCUGCGUUACUACUUCAACACCCCGGCGCAGGCCUGCAGACCCUUCAUCUACAGCGGCUGUGACGGCAACGCCAACCGCUUCCUCCUCCUGGAGCAGUGCGAGGAGCUCUGCCUCGGGGGCAACACAGCGCCUUCCUCCGGCAGACGAGGAUGAUGAAUAGGUACACAUUUACCACCUUGUCUCCAGCUCCAAGAAUGUCAAUAAACUGUAGUUUUGAUGUUUAAGAAUAUAAACAUCAGCUAAAGAUAUAUUUGAGCUGUUGACGGAUCCAUGUUUUUCUCCAAGGUUGAUGGUUUAGAUGUUUGCUUAUUUAUUGCUAUUGCAUUUCUUCAGUCAGUGGGCACACCUUUUUCCCAAUGGUCCCUCCAUUUUAAUGGUCCAAACAGUUGUUGUUGAGUACUGUCUGUACAUGACAUCUAAAUCAGUCCACCAAUGUACAGAAUUGUUCCAAUGUUGAAGACAUAAUCUUUGAAGCACAAAAUAUUGACAUUGAAUUGUACAUAUAUGCAUAAGUUAACUUGGGAAAAGAGUUAUAUAUUGUUGUAGUAAUUAUUUGUAUACAUCUGCAUGUCUACUUGACAGAAAAGGUGCUAUUUUGAGAAGUAUUUUUAUACUGUUUUUAUAUAAGCUUUUUUUCUUUGGAUUGGACACAGACCUUAAAAUCACAUGACUUGAAAGUAUUAAACAGUCCUUAUGAUGAAUUGGAAAAUGUCAUAUCAUUACAAUAUGAAUGCUGUUUCGGCUACUCUAUAUAUAAAUCUGUUUCUACCUCAAA